AUGAGGCUCAGAAAUGGAACUGUGGCCACUGCGAUAAUUUUCUUCACGUCUUUCCUCAGCUUGUCCUGGUACACCGCCUGGCAAAAUGGCAAAGAGAAACUGGUAGCAUACCAGCGGGAGUUCCAUGCCUUGAAAGAACGCCUUCGUGUAGCCGAGCACAGGACGCUGCAGCGCUCGUCAGAGCUCAACAGUAUCCUUGAGCAGUUUCGCCGCGCCAUUGCCGAAACCAACAACAGCAAAGACAACCUCGCCACCUUCUCAGAUGAGACCCAGAAACUUUUGAAGCAGCUGGCCAACAGGAAACCUCUUCAUGUGCCAAACAUCUACCACCACAUGCCUCACCUCCUCAACAAUGAGGGCAGCUUGCAACCCGCCGUACAAGUCGGUCUAGGGCGCACUGGAGUUACCAUGGUGAUGGGCAUCCCCACAGUGAAGCGGAAGGUGAAGUCGUAUCUGGCGGAGACUCUGCAUUCGCUCAUCGACAAACUGUCUCCGGAGGAGAAAAUCGACUGUGUCAUUAUUGUCUACGUUGGGGAGACUGACCUGGACUAUGUUCAGAGUGUGGUUUCCGGCCUGCAGAGCGAGUUCUCAACAGAGCUGAAUUCCGGUUUGCUGGAGGUUAUUUCCCCUCCUACCACGUUUUAUCCAGAACUCAACAACCUUAAGGAAACGUUUGGUGACUCUAAAGACAGAGUCAGAUGGCGGACGAAGCAGAACCUGGACUAUUCCUUCCUCAUGAUGUAUGCAUUGAGCAAAGGAGUUUAUUAUGUUCAGUUGGAGGACGACAUCGUGGCCAAACCCAACUACUUUGCCACCAUGAAGAACUUUGCCCUCCAGCUCUCGUCCGAGGACUGGAUGGUCCUGGAGUUUUCUCAGCUGGGUUUCAUCGGAAAGAUGUUCAAGGCACCAGACCUGAAUCUUAUUGUGGAGUUUAUCUUCAUGUUCUACAAGGAAAAGCCCAUCGACUGGCUGCUGGACCACAUUCUCUGGGUUAAAGUGUGCAAUCCUGAAAAAGAUGCGAAACACUGCGAGCGCCAGAAGUCCAGCCUCCGCGUGCGUUUCCGACCCUCCCUGUUUCAACACGUCGGGCUCCAUUCCUCUCUCGCCGGAAAGAUCCAAAAGCUCACUGACAAAGACUUCCUGAAGCCACUUCUCCACAAGAUACACGUGAAUCCGCCUGCGGAGGUUUCCACCUCAAUGAAGGUGUAUCAGGGCCACACACUGGAGAAGACAUACCUCGGAGAGGAUUUCUUCUGGGCCAUCACGCCCAAUGCGGGAGACUACAUCCUCUUUAAAUUCGACAGGCCCAUCAGCAUAGAGAGGUUCCUGUUUCGCAGCGGUAAUCAGGAACACCUCGGGGACAAGAUGCAAAACACCUCAGUGGAAAUACUGCCCGUCUCCGAACCUGGACCGCAGACCAAAGAGAAGUACAGGCGAACCGAGGACCGCUUCUACAGGAUCGGUCAGUUUGAAAAGGGUGUGGCUGAAGGAGCUGUGGAUCCUUCUUUCAAUCCCAUCCUGGCCUUGCGACUGUCUGUUCUCAAAAACUCCCCCGUUUGGACCAUCAUCAGUGAAAUACACAUAAAGAGGAUAGCAGGCUGA